AUGCGCUCCGAUGCUCCGAUGCGCUCCGAUGCUCCGAUGCGCCUCUCCACAUCAACGCGCAGGAUCCGCCACCGGAGCCGCCGUAUCAUGCGUAGCCCACGCGUGCUCCAUGCUGCGACCCGCGACCCGAGCGCAAUUUACGGUCUCCGGGACCUGGUCCUUGACAGGACAUCGACGACGACAAACAGGCUCUCUCUGGCUCUCCGCGGUCUACGCAUGUACGGGCCUCCUGGGACUUCCGACACUGUGGCCCUUGGCAUAUGCAAGUCUUGCGCGUAUCAGGUUAAACGGGAGGAGGUGCCGACCGCUCCACGCGGAGGAGGCAAGGGCGUGCGCCCGCCCCCACAGGCGAAGCGUACAGCUGCCGCAGCUGAGCGGAGCCGCUGGCCUCUCCGCACCCGACGAACCCGUAUCCCAGCGCCAAACAGCGCCUCGCCAGGCCACCCUGCUCCAGAUCGGCGUACCACGCGGGACAAAGGCUGUCUGCCCACAAGAAGUCCAAACGACGCGCGCUCUCGCGCCCAGCCCGCCCAGCGCACCCGUCCGUCGACGGCUCUUGGAACUCGACGCAAGCCCGACGACCUGAUCCGCGCCUCGCUCGCGCCUUCGCGCGUCACCGAGCAAGCCGUUGACGACGACGACGACGACGACGACGCACCCGCUCACCUCCAGCAAGAUCGCGCGUCCGCUCCCCGGUUUGCCCAAAUGAAAGAGCCGACCGACUCGCCGUACUCGCCUGCGGCAGUGGCAGUGCUACGAGCGCGAGCCCCGCCGUCGGCCAACAAACGACCCACGUACACGUGCGCGCCCCCGCGCCGUCCACGAAAGCAGAGACGGGCACCGCGGCCGAGUGCGCGGGAGGAUACACGGGCGGACCAGCGGGAGAAGCGUGUCCCGCAACAUCAAACGCCAAGCAUCCACCAUCGAGCCCAGGCGAGAGCCAAGUCUAACCGCCGCCUCGCCAACGUCAAGCCACCGAGCGAGGGCGGCCGACAGGCGCCCGCUCGUGGACGCAUGCGGCCCGCGCCUGAACACCCAAUUAUGGAACCCCGGAAGCACGACGGCGAGCAGAAGCGCCACCGAUCGCGCGCGCCCCGAGCUUCCAUUUUGCAAGCCCCGGUGCCGGUGCCGGUGUCGGUCCGCGAGUACAGUAUGCAUGCACGUGCUUAUGUACCCGCUCUCGAUCUUCAUCCAGACCUCCGAUCCGCGAUCCGCGAUCCGCAUCCGCAUCCUGCGGCGGUGGAAGCAGCCGCGCCGUGA